CUGCUCUCACUUCUGUAAAGACGUGGUUGAGCGAGAACUUCUCCAUGAAAGACUUAGGGGAUGCUAGUUAUGUCCUUGGCAUAAGAAUCUACCGAGAUAGAUCAAGAAAGUUAAUAGGUCUGAAUCAAAGUACAUAUAUAGAUAAAAUCCUUGAUUGAUUUAGCAUGUCUAACUCAAAGAAAGGAUCUUUACCUAUGACACCUGGCACGGUUCUUUCCAAGAGCCAGAGUCCUUCUACUCCUGAGCAGAAGGAACUCAUGAUGAAG